AUGAAGGAAUUCAAGCUAGGAAUCGUCAAGCCAGAAGUCGUCAACGCUGUGACGUCUGUGGAGGAAGCGGUGAGCAUUCAUCCCAAAUGGGACACGAAGGCCACGACCUACGACUACGCGCUUCUGAAGCUGAAGACGCCACUGGACUUCAGCGGUGCCGACAGCGCUGUGAUGCCCAUCUGUCUUCCAACAAAGAACCAGGAAUUCGAUGGCGAGAUCUGCACCGCAACCGGAUGGGGAUUCACUAAAGAUGGUGGCAAGGUCUCGAAGAUCCUUAAGAAAGUGGACUUGCCUAUCGUACCUUUCGAGGAGUGCAAGGAGGACUACGAGGGGGUCGCCGAGGUGGACGAGAACACCAUGGUCUGCGCUGGCUACGAGGAGGGCGGGAAAUCGACGUGCGAGGGUGACUCCGGAGGACCCCUGGUGUGUCCAAGGGAGGACGGCCGCUACGUGUUGGCGGGAAGCACAUCAUUUGGUACAGAGUGCGCGGAGCCCGGUUACCCGCCUGUAUUCUCGAGAACCUCAACACGGCUCGAUUGGAUCAAGAGCAUCGCCGGAGAAACGCCCUGA